CAGAUCAUUGCCAUGAAAAGCUAGACCUAGCCUAUCAAGUUGGAUACGGCCCACUUCUGGUGUAAUUCAAAGUAGUAACUGGGCCACAUCUACAGUAUAUGCCAGCCCAAGUUUGGCCCUUAUUGUGGAAAGGAUCUGGCUUAGGUAUGGCAACUGAAUCUGGCUCACAGCUGGCUUUAUUGUAUAGAAUUACAGACAUGUAGCAUGGGAAGUAUGGAUAGGCAGACUAACACCACUGUUGAGAAGUGUAUAAUACACUGUUUUCUUCCAGAUCCCCCCAAGAACACCUCAGUGUCAGUCAGUCCCUCUAGCUCAGUAGCAGAGGGCAGCUCUGUGGCUCUGACCUGCAGCAGCAAUGCCAACCCAGCAGUGAAUAACUACACCUGGUACAGAGUUGAGGGAUGGGAGAAGGACAUUGUAGGGUCUGAAGAGAACCUCAACAUCUUCAAUGUAACCAGGCUUUCAAAUGAACAGUACUACUGUGAGGCUCAGAAUGUCCAUGGACUGCAGAACUCUGAGGCCAUCAAUAUCGAUGUGACAUUUGCUUCAGAGAUCCAGAACACCUCUCGCUGCAUCAGGAUUUCAGCUACAUCUCAGAUCAGAUGUUUCUGUGAUAGCUUUGGAAACCCUGCUCCCACAGUGGUGUGGCAAUUGGCUGGAGAGUCUGUCAAUCACUCCACUAACACCAUCAUCAGGGAGGAGCCAAUGGGCCGAGCCGGGCUGAGGAGCUCCCUCACCAUCCGCCAAUCACAGGAAGAGGAAAUACCGAGUCUGGUCUGCCUCAGCUCCAACAUGGAUGGUUUUGACAGCUUCUCAUUUAACUUAACAUCAAUGGAAACAUAUGAAGUUCAAAAGAAUACAAGAUAA